CGAUCAUGGCUGUCAGGCUGACUGGGCGACUUGUGUCGACAACUUGGCGGUGCUUCUUCAAGGUGAACAUUCAAUAAAAAGUCAAAGCGUUGAAGAUGUCAUCAGUACCAGCAGUAGGGAGAAUUGCGGUGGUUCUUAUUGAUCUACAGCAGUCAUUCACUCGUGGACUCUGGGCUGCCUGCCUUGGGGAGACAAAAGCAGAACACAUCAGGCAAUGUUUCAGACGUUGUGCCGACCUGCUUGUGAAGCUUAAGAAGGACGUUCCUGUCCUGCUGAGUCGCUGUCCAGUUGGAGGGUAUGAUCUAGACUGGGCUGAGGAGGUGGNGGAGAUUGUGUCAGCUAAGGCCUACCCUACGGUCAUCAAGUAUGACAACAACAUCUUAGAUGCCACAGGGUUUGCAGAGUGGCUUGGGAAGAUGAUGAGAAGUGGGGUGUCGACCCUUGUGGUGGGAGGGUGUACGACCACCAGCUGUGUGCGUGUGUCGUCCUCACAGAUCCAGCGCUCCUUUUCCAACAGUGGGCUGCAGGUGGUGGUUGACCUCAGUCUUUGCAGUGCUCGUGACAGUAACUACGUCCCGCGGUGCCAGGCCUGCAUGGACAAGUACAUGAUGUAUGGUAUGGACUGCACCUGUGACAGGUGUGUCACUCCAGGUGUUCCAGCUGUCUCACCUGUGGACAAGGCCAUGGAAUACAUGAGGGAAUCAGGUGUCCAGGUGGUCCAGGGGUUUGACUGGACACCAUUUGUUGAGGAAUGAUGAGGUAUUGUGUAAAGUAUUGAAAGGCACAAUAGGUUUUGCAUAUUCUCUACUCAAAAUUCAACAUUAAUCAAAUGUCUUAACUUGUGUUUACCAACCACCACCUACCAGUUAAUUAAUAAUGUUCUUUGAAUGUCCUGUGGUGCUAGUCACAGAUAUCUAACUACUUUAGAUUGGAUUAGGUGGUUAAGAUUACUUUUGCACAUGAAAAACAUUAUUAUGAAUGAUUAGACCUAUGUUGACACUGAUAGUUUCAGUGGUGGCAGGGAUGUUGAAAACUGUAAAACACGAAUACAAUGAUAUAAGGGACUACAGCCAACAUUAUGCUACAUUCUACAACUUAUAUGGUACUGGUACUAGUUUUGUUGGGCUUGACUUCUUUUGUGGUAGUGUAAAAUGAAUUUACCCACUUCUUCCAUGAUAUGUGGGUUCUUUGAUUUUAGUAGUAAAAUUGUUUUCUCAUGGUUAGGAAUAGUGGAAAGUAAGGGUGUAUUUUGAACACAGUGGUAAAUAAUUAACAAGUAACCUUCAUGAUAAGUAUGUAACAUAUGCAGAAAAGUGUAAUAAAGUGAAAUACAUAUUUGACAAUUUGUUGUCUUUAAUGUAUUGAAGUGAGCAAUUACAGUUUAGUUUGCUUUUUUAAUGAUCUAGGACAAUAUGUUCAAUAUUGUUGCAGCUCAAUAUCCUCAGGGCAGAUACAGCUUUUAGGUUUGGCUAUUGUAGAUAAAUAGACUAAAACAAGGACUCAUAAAUAAGUACCUUCCCACAUUUUAGUCUCAAAGAUUAUUCUGCAACAAGUCACAAGGGUCUGCAUCCCAAAUAGAAAAUUUAACAGUGAGUUGACCAGCUCAAACUCUAACAACAGCUGAAAACAGUAAACAAACUCUACUUUUGACCUAAUUUUCUCAUGUAUUUAUCUGCU